GCUAACCGAAAUGCAAGUCAACUUCAAGACAAUAAGAAAGGGGAGGGUAACUAUACUGAACUCACAGAGGACAGGCCAUCGCAUUCCUCAGGGCCAGGUAAAAGUUACUACAUGGACCUGAAGCCUACCAAUCCUACAUCAACCGCCGAAGCGACCUCCGAAGGCACGGGAGACCAUAACUACGAUACUCCCGAGGGUUCUAAUGCUUUGUAUAUGAAUACAGACAUGACAGAUGGGCCAGUCCUCGAGGAGAGAUCUGACCAUGUUUACGUAAGCCCCGGUUCUUCUCCCAAGGGGUCUGAAUGUCAUUACGUGAAUGCAGACGUGAUGGUAUCCAGAAGCGAGUCAGAUGACCAUCUAUAUAUCAACCAACUCCCCUCCGAAGGAAAAGAUGGGGAUUGUACUACGGCUCAUGUUUAUAUGGAUAUGAAACCUAUGCAGAUUCCUUCAACUUCUCUUAGUGAGUAUUCCAUGGAGGAUGACCUUCCGGAUAAAGAAGAAGCUGUGUAUGCCAACACAUGAAAAACGAUGGGAAUUUGCGAUUUUAU